AUGAAAUUUAUGUAGGAAAUGUUGAUGGAACUGUUACUAUUUGAUAUGCUCGAAAUUCUAAUUAAUUUGUAAUAUAUAAAUUAAUUAUAAUUUAUUUCAAAGUUCAUGAUCCAGAGAUUACAGAAUUAAAAUGGCUUUAUUUAGAGAAAACAUUACUAACUACAUCAAAGGAUAAAAGAAUUAAAGUUUGGUAUUUAUCAUAAUUUGGAGAGAUCCAAAAUAAUGAAAAAAAAAAUCUUUUUUUAUUAACUUUUUAAAAAUGAAGAAGAAAAUCUUUAGUUGGAAUUAAAAAUAUAAAUAAAUAUGGAAAAAGGAAAAAUGAAGAAAAUGAAAUGA